AUUAAUAGUAGGUCUCCCAUAAAUCCCUAGGCUUCGCGCUCCUCGCCAGAUCACGACAUCUUGUUCCUCGGCUUUCUCAUGUCGGCCUCGCCUGAUCUCAGGCCCUAUGACCAGUUGCCGCGCAACUGGAGCUCCAAGAAGCACAAAGACGAGUCCGGAAGCAUCCGUAUGCACCCCGCAUAACCUGAUCUUGCGGCAGUAAAUGCCCGUAGUGAACACUCAUGGUUCCUGAAUGGUCCGUCGGCCGAGACUAUGAUGUUGUUGCUUUGACACGUGAUAGCAUGAUCAUUGUCAUCAUGCGAUCUCGCCCUACAUCUUAUAUGGUGGGCCCGCUCAGGCAAAAUAUGCCCUUCGACACUUCCCGUUGACCUCAAUAAGCCACCCAGAGUCUGCUGAAAUCUACUUUCCCAACCAUGCCGCGCAUUCCGUUCACAAAACAAAACCACCAGGAGCCACCCCACCGUGACCCUGAGCAGACACAAGCGUACCUUGUCGGCGGUGGAAUUGGAUCCCUAGCCGCUGCCGUCCACCUCAUCCAAGAUGCCAAAGUCCCAGCCAAGAACAUUCACAUCCUGGAGGCCCUCCCGGUCAUGGGCGGAUCCAUGGAUGGCGCCGGCGAUCCAUCCUCAGGCUACCUCAUCCGUGGAGGAAGAAUGCUGAACUCCUCGUACAACUGCACCUACGACUUGCUUGAACGAAUUCCGACACUCGAAGAUGAAGAGAAGACCGUCAUGCAAGAGAUCAAGGACUUCAACGCCAAGAAGGAGCAUCAGACGCACUCCAAGGCCAGACUGGUUGCCGAAGGCGAAGACAGGGCCGAAAUCCUCGACACCUCCAAAUUGGGCCUCAACAUGACCGAGCGUCUCGACCUCAUCAAGCUCACCCUGGAAACCGAGAAGAGCCUAGGCAAGAAACGCAUCGACGAGUGCUUCCCGCCAGAGUUCUUCAAGACCAAGUUCUGGUACAUGUGGGCCACCACGUUCGCUUUCCAGCCCUGGCACAGCGCGGUCGAGUUCCGUCGCUACCUGCACCGCUUCCUGCACGAGUUCUCGCGCAUUAGCACGCUGGCUGGCGUCGACCGCACCCCGUAUAACCAAUACGAUUCGAUCAUUCGGCCCAUCCAGAAGUAUCUCGAGAACCAGGGCGUGGACUUCCGCUACAACACGCGUGUCGUGGAUAUCGACUUCAUCGAGGGCAUUCCCACCACCGUCGACGAACUGCACAUGGUGCAAGACGGCACGCCGAUGAGCGCGCAACUCGACCCGCAGGACAUCGUCAUCGUAACCCUCGGCAGCAUGACGUCCAAUUCCAGCGUCGGCGACAACGACUCUCCGCCACCUAAAGUCGUCGACGAGAAACUGACGGACGGCGCCUGGGACCUCUGGCACAAGCUCGCCGCCAAGAACGAGAAAUUUGGCAACCCCUCCAACUUCACAUCCCGCAUCAGCGAGUCAGAAUGGGAGUCGUUUACCGUGACCCUCAGCGACCCGGAGUUCCUCCGCCGCAUCGAAGGCUUCAGCCACAACGAGCCCGGCACGGGAGCGCUCAUGACCUUCAAGGACAGCAACUGGCUGCUCUCCAUCGUCAUCCCGCACCAGCCACACUUUGUCGACCAGCCCCUCGGCAUCGACGUCUUCUGGGGCUACGGCCUCUGCGGCGACAAAGAGGGCAACUACGUCAAGAAGCCCAUGACUGAAUGCACCGGCCAAGAGAUCCUGACCGAGCUCCUCGGCCACCUGCACUUCCCCGCGGAGAACAUCCUCGAGCACGCCAUCGUCAAGCCGUGCAUGAUGCCCUAUAUCACAUCGCAAUUCCUGACGCGCGAGCCGGGCGACCGUCCAGCCGUAGUUCCGGAGGGCAGCACGAAUCUCGCGUUCGUGGGCCAGUUUGUCGAGGUGCCCGAGGACACGGUGUUCACGGUGGAGUACAGUGUGAGGACGGCGCAGAUGGCGGUGUACGAGCUGAUGGGGUUGGAAAAGAAGCCCAAGGCGGUCUACAAGGGGGAAUAUCAUUUGGGGGUUUUAGCGGAGAAAAACCUAUUAGAGUUUUUCUGAUUAGGAUCUUGAGUAUUUUUCCAUCAUGCGAAGCUUAUUCAGCUUAGCGGUACUUCAUACUCGAACUCACGAG